GUCAAUACAAACCAGUCUGGGUAACUAGUAAAUGGAUGACCUGAACAGUUUACUGACAAUAAGCUUCUGCCGUCAUUUAGUCGUUCUCUAGACUUUAGUGAUUUCAAAAUUGGAAUAAUUGGCAAUCAAAGCGUGUGAUGCAUUUGUAUUUUCACACAAAUAUUGUGUUUUGGUCAAUGGAUUGUUAACGUAGUGAACAUCCGGAAAGAAAAUGGAAGACAAGCUUAUCUGAUUUGACCUGAUGGUCGGAAAUACACAAACCAAACAAAAAUGUCACUCAAAUAAAAGAACUGGUACAGAUGCAACGUAUUGGAAAACAUGGUCUAAGGUGAACAAUAUUAUGGAGUGACACUGUAAUCAUGGAGUGAGGUAACAAUGGGAUCAGGAGUAAGUACUGUUUGUGGCAGUAAGCGUUCAGUGCUUAUCGCUAACAGCGUACGGAAAUUACCGACAAUACGCGAAGAUGACAUUGAUUCUGAUAUUGACGUUGAAGCGGAACUUGAAAUAAAACCAACUUCGGGAAAAUUGCAUCAAGCAGAAUCGCGUGACUCUGGGAUUGGUGAAAACGAUGUACCAAAUGGGUAUUUAUUUCAGCGGCAAAAUUUGUCAGCCAACUUAAGGAAUUCAUCGGAUUCAAGUCCAGAAAAGUCAAGAGAGCACGAGAAUAAUAAACAAAAUGAGCAAACAACACGCGUUUCACGACCUCAUUCCUGUCGACUUGGACACAGAGGUCAUAGAGGUCAUUCAGAAAGUGUGGGAAGUUCAAGAAAAGCAGAAUUAUCUGAUUCACAGAUCCGGCGGUUAGUGAGGUCUGCAAAAGGGGAUCCCCUAGUUUCAAAUGCUGAAAAUAUUAGAGAUGAACUGUCAGACGAUACAUUAUCCUUAAAUAGUGUUAGUUCAUUAUCACCAGACAGACGAACAAAUGCAAGACCAAAAAGUGCUCGAAGACGUCUUAACAAAAGAAACAGAAAUAACAAAAGUGAAGGAAAGAAUUCAGCUAGAUUAAUCAGUGACCUUGACAGUUCCACGGACACAGAGAUCAGUGAUACAGAUAUGCUCUCUAUUCCUGACGAAACAGGCGCUUUCAAUCGGAGCAAGGACAACACACCGCGUAGGAAGGGAUGGGUUCGCAACGAAGACUUUACGGAUGUGAUGAUCUCCUCGUCUGUGACUCCUAGAGUAGGUGCGCCUACGGGAAUGUACAGAAUUGUAAGUGGCACGUAUUCGGAUAUGGACGUGAACCUGGCGAAGAAAGCUAGCGAGCGGUCUAUAUCAAGUAUUAUACUAACGCCCAUGGAUGGCAUGAGCACCCCCACUAAUUCGGAAUGUUUUGAUGCACCUUCUGAUUUGUGUUAUCACUGUGAAGGGAUGGUUGAUAGCAUAUCAAGAGACCGACAGGAGAACAAAACAUUGUGGGUGAUAUUGACAUCCCACGAGUUUGACAAAGUUGAUAAACUUUGGCGGGUUCGAAGCCAGGCUAUGGCACUGCAGAAUUUAGAAGAUUUAGUGACAUUCGUUACGCAAGCGGUUGAGAGGUUAAAAUCACUUAGCCAUUGUACCCCGGCGGAUUAUGAAAACGUCAUGAAAGGUUUACGUUACCAGCUUGUUGCUAUGGCAAUGGGCUACAUGUGCCAACAAUCUACACCAAGACUAGAGGUCAAGGGUGAACAGACAGACAUAUUUUCUGAGGAAGAGUGGAAAGUACAAAUUCGUUUGCGUACAGAGGAUGAGGAGAUUAUAGAGACAUCUGAAAGGGUUCUUGCUCAAAGACUUGCCGCCAAGGGUAAAACAUUACAAAGGCAAGAUAUUGCCAUUCUUCUGGCUGAACAUUUAAAGACAAUCGAAAAACUGCAGAAAGUACAGGAAGCUGGGAAACUACGCGGUUCAUUUGACAGUCCGCGACCAGACCAUUAUACUGCUCGAGAAACUUUAUCUGAAGGUCGUGCUUUGCUUCCACGUAGACCAGUUAGUGCAAGAAAGUUACGGAAACUGAACAGUGGUAACUGUGAAUCAUCAAACGGAACAGAAACAAUAUCUGAACUUCCCCCAGUUGGAAAGUCUAAGGGAACAAACUCUAGACACCAUAAUAUAAGAAACAAACCCAAAGCAGUUCCGGUAACAAAGUUGAACAAUGCUGAAAUAACUACAGGAGUUGUUUCCCCUGAAUCGUCACCAGACGCAUGUAAUAGAAAAUCUCAGAAUGAGUCUGGAAUAGAUUCAGAAACGGAAGAAACGGAAGUACAUAGUAUUGAAGAAGAAGACAUUCUUCUAUUUGCCGAGCUGAUAGAAGCCUUUCGUUUGUUAUGGAAAACCCUCACUGUGUCUGUGGUGGGUGACCUGCUCAGAGAAUACAGAAAGAGAGAAGCAAUUCUCAUACAAUCUGUAAUAGAACAUGCACAGAAACAAUCUACAUUUACAAAGAAAACAGUGCAAGAAAAACUACCGGUACUUGGUGUCGAAAAUGACAAAAAGGAAACAACUAGUCAGUUACAAAUGGGUCAGCAGCAUUCUUCCUCGACACAUGUUCGUAAAUCUGAACAGGGAAUUAAGAAGCUUGAUGAAGAGUUUUUAAAUCACUUCGAUGAAAAACGAGAUUCUGAAACAUUCACUGUUGAUGCGUUUAUAGACGCUUUAAACGAACACAUGAAGAAGACACGACUGAUUCGAGUCCAGUCAUUUAACAUCCGGGAGGAUGGGGUUGACUGGAAUGACAACCAGAGGUCCAACAGCUUCACAGGCUUUGGAAAUUCUGUGAAUCAGAAUUCGAACUCGCAACCAUCGAUAUUGAAGCGCCAGCAUAGCUUUUCUGGAGCAAUGACAAGACAGAGCAGUUUUGCUGGUUCCUCGCGCCAGAACAGUUUCCUUCGGACUCUCCCAGGAUCAAGACAAAAUAGUUACUGUAGGACUAGAUCGCGUGGUAGUACCGGAAGUUCAUACACUUACUCUACAACAAGUUCUGGAAUCAGUUCAGGAAAUCAUUCGGAACUUUCCGAUAGUUCAGGAAGUGGUGCCAAAAGUUCAUUGUCACGUGAAUCCUCGUACGGACUACUUACAGAGUUUGCAGAUAUUGAGGAAAAGGACGAAGAUAUUAAAACUGCGCGAGAAAAUAAUCCAGUGUCUAGAAAUAGUAACGAUAGUUUACGACCGCCGUCGGGCCGACGAUCGAAUGGUCCCCGUGCAACGUCGGGACAGUUGCGUGAUCGAGACAAAAGGCGAGGACAAACACAAGUUCAUGGUUUGGGCGUGGCCUCUGCUGAUACACCACAUACUCCUCUGCGUAAAAUAGAAGAGGAUGCUUUACCUAAUGUUGAAGGGAUGGAGUCUAAGGUGAUGGUUCGAAGUCGACCGGACAGCGGUAUAGCUGUAAGCACGUCAUCGGCUAGUUACUCGAGUUCAGAGAUGCACAAGGAGAGGGACCUGGACGUAGACGAUCACUAUCAUACCACCUCUUGCCAAGAGAUGUUAGAUCAUGUCGCAAAGGUGCUACCGGAGCAACAUAAUGACCUCAAGAGCCUUGUUGCUGCAGUAACAAAGGGUCUAAAUUCUGUGCAUUCCAAAGCCCAAGCCUUAUACUGUUGGCUGACAAGUCAAAAAGUAGCCAAUUUUGAAAAAUGUAGCAAAAAAUCGAGUUCACCACCAGGCAGAUUAAAACACAUUCAUGAGAAGAAAUCAACAUACUGGUCAAUGUACAUGGAUAUGCUGAAGGUUGCUGGAGUGAAGUGUGAAAGAGUAGAUGGAUAUGUAAAGAGCGCUGAUUAUCUUCCCGGAAACACCGUGCAGACGCAGAAGUUCCAGCAUUCGUGGGUUGCUGUUUGUAUGGAUGGCCAUUAUAGACUUGUAGAUCCUCAGUAUGGUGCGCUAGGGGAUAAAUUUGUGCAAGAACACUAUUUUGCUACUUCUCCAGAUGAACUUCUUUUGUCUCAUUUUCCAAAAGACAAAAAAUGGUUGUUGAUGAAUCAACCAGCCAAUAUUGAAGGAUUUGAAGGAACUCUAAAGACUUGGCCUGCCAUGUUUCAUUUUAAUAUCCGUCCUUUGAACAUGAAAUCUGUGAUACGGACCUACGAUGGUAAACUUAGUAUAACUGUUUUAUUACAAAAUGUGGCUGUUAAUCCACAACUAGAAUACGCUGGACCUGGUCCAGAAAUAGACAUGGAUACACUUGAAGAAAAGAUCGACCAUGAGAUCAGAGAUGUUGACAAUGCGGAAACAUAUCACGUGACAUUGCCACAGGAAGGAAAUUAUUAUUUCACUGUUUAUGCGCAUGUUCUAGAAGACUGUAUGGAUGUUCCAGUGUUUCAGUACAGAAUAGAAUAUGUCGAUGAAUUAUUGUGAUUAAAGUAAAGGAACUUUCUUAACAUUUAAAUCGUGUGGAACCUUGUGAAAACUCAGUAUUACCGAGACAGUUCCAGGAGAAUAGGAAAAAGGAGGAGCACGAAUAAUAAUAUUAGUACAAUGAAAGAGGCUCUUGUUUAUCUCUUUAAAGAUAGGUUCGGAAUCAUGGUUUUCCAAAAGAACUUGGACAGUUGGGAGUGUCAGUGAACUUAAAUUUAAAUAUUAGUGCUAGAUGCAGCCGUCCUAAUCCGUUAGGAGAACCACAAAGUGGACAUGACUGAGAUUUCAGAAUCAAAUAUAAUGUUUAUGAAACAGUAUUUAUAUUGAUAUCAAUUGCCUAUGUAUUAACUUUGAUAAUUUAGCUUAGAAACAUAAUUCUUUAUGUACAUCAUUUUAUAUGAACUGUUUUAUGAUUGUAUCAUGUAUAUGUGGGUACGUAUGCAUGUAUGUCGUAAACUAAAUCAGUAUUAUUAUCAUUGUGAUAUCUCAUAUUGAUCCAUCCGUGAACUGCUGAAGGAGCAGUACGUUUCUUCUACCCUUGUGCAGUCAUUUUUUUUUCAGUUAGAAUAUCAGAAAAGUUAGAUGCAGCUUAACCCUUAGCCUGUUGGCGGCAAGUGAUCUUGCCUUUGCGACCAGUGCAGACCAAGAUCAGCCUACACGGACGCUGUUUUGUCAGUAAAUUAUCAGUGUGAACACCCCUUUAAAUAAUAAGUGAUGCUGCCUAACGUGAAUGAUGGUCUAGUCCAUUUUAGAAAUUUAGCAGGAUAAGGGUUAAGAAGAAAUUCGAGUAUGAAUCGUCAAAUAUUGGGCAAAAUCUAUGUUUUAAGCCGUACAUGUUUCACCCGUAAUCAAUGCAGUACGAGCUAUAUAUCAAAUGUUUCUUAAAAACUAGACUUGAAAUAAGGUAUUAAAUCAGAUUCGUCUAUUUCUUCAGAUUAGGCCAGUGAUAAACUUGCUUUUUAAAGAUUCUAUUGUUGUUGCCAGUACAUUGAUAAGUGUUCGUAUAUUUUGAAUUUGGCCAAAGACUGUUUUCAUUUUCAUUCUUCAUGUAAACAGACAGUUUACUGUGUACAUGUUGAACAAUUAAUUAUCUUGUGUAUGCGUGUAACAUAUACAUUGAUGCAUAAAUAAGUGCUAUGUGAGUGCUCUUUUAUUUGUAUGAUGCGCUAUGUAACAUUGUCUGUAAACGUCAGACAUGCACUAUUUAAAGUAAAAUAACAUUACAAAAUUUUGACAAAAUCCAUGAAAUGGCACAGGCUAAAAAUGUCAGGAAAAUUAAACUUGUAUUAUAACAUUAUGCUUUAAGAGAAUUAUUUUUUUUUCCAAUAUAACAAAAAAUCGUAUCUUUUUAUAUAUUAUAUUACAAAAAGGUACGUAUAUAUUAUGGACGAUGUGAUAAAUGUUGUGCAUUUUAAAUGCAGAAAUUCAGUAUUAAACGUUACAAUAUGGGUAGUUUUAUCAAGCAUUUCUUGUUACAUGUUUGAUUUGUUACUUUACAGUUGUUUUGAAUAUUCCUAUUAUUCUUGUUUUGUUUUCAUUUAUUCGUCGUUUCACAUGUUAAAUAGAAAUAUCAAUACCAUUUUGAGCAUUUCUGUCUAUUUGUUUACAUUACUUUACAGUAACAACACUCGAAGCAUUACUUUCUCGAGUGUCACAUUACUUUCUCGAGUGUCACAUUACUUUCUCGAGUGUCAGUAUUUUACACGCUUAAUGGUACUUGUGAUAAAUAAACCAUCUUCGUUUUGUUACAAAUUCUCAACGAGAUUUUUUUUUGUCAAGAAGGCUUUCUGUACUCAAUGUAACAAACAGUUUUUGAGAAAUUAGGCUUAUAAAUGAACAUCAGAUGAAUAUCGGCCUUUUAUCGGAUAGAUGCCAAAUAUGUAAAAUGAGUCAAUUUCUUUCAUCGGAAAGUAGUACAAUUUUGAAAGUCCUCAAGCACCGUUUUUCUUACUUGAUGGCCCACAGGGAAGAGACACUUAUUAUUUUUCAGUAUGUUCAAAAUGUUUGAUAUAAACUUUUCAUUGUCUUUGUAGAGUUUUAAUCUGUGAUAGCUUCAUUACGUUUCUACAUCAUUCCUUUGUUUACAUAAUUAAAAUACGUUUUAUUGCUUAUA